AUGCCCACUCUUAGCCCCGGACGCGUUGUGACUGUCGUCAAGGAUGAAGAUGAAGCCAUCACAUGGGGAGUGGCUUUUGAAAUUGUGGGUGAAACAUCGAUCAAUCAUCUGGAUGACAGAGAGCGUGCCAAAGGUGAUUACGAUUCGUUUGAAACGACGUUCUAUCCUCGAGACGGCCUUACGUCACCGUUUAAGGUCACUGUCUAUCAAGCCAAGGAAGACAAUCCAAAAAAUAUCUUGUUGAUUAACUAUCUCUAUGUUUUGCAGUGGUUAGGCCCGGCUCCACUUGACGAAAUUGCUGCACAGAUAGCCGAGUGCAAUUGA